AUGAGGAUCGUUUUCAAUACCUUUCUUGCGAUUCUGGCACUUGUUGUCCCAUCUAUCGCCUAUGGACCUUUUGAGAUUCGAAAAUUCGAAUACUACGUUUCCCAGUCCCCGUCGAGAGUAUCAUACUCCAGUUUCACAUUUUAUGAAGGCGUAACGCAAACAUCCACAGAAUGCAAAUACAAGGCUCCACGCAGCUACAACGUUGACGAAAGUUCGAGCCCACUACCCACAAAUUUUACCGUCUGCAGUAAUCCGGACGUGAAAUGGAAAUAUCAAGUUGAAGGACAAAUAAUAUCUGUGGAGUUUGGUUAUUGGGCAGCACCUAUCGAAGGGUAUGAAAAAGGACCUAUCCACCCUCUAAGAAAGAAGUGGAACUUUUAG